AGUUCUAACGAACGCGACACAAAGUCACACAAAGAGUCCAACUCCAACCUACUGCACUUCACAGUUUCCACAACUUUGAAAAAGGAUCCUGAUAAUUCCGCGGGAGGAAGGAAUCUAUGGUCGGACAAGGCGGCACCGCCGCGAAUCAGGGCGGAAGCGCCGAUAAAGUAAUAGUGGCUGUGAAAGCAGAGAAGGUGAUUUCGAAAACGGCAUUGGCCUGGGCGCUCACUCACGUCGUUCACCCCGGCGACUGCGUGACCUUGCUCGCCGUCUUCUCCACCGCUAAAACCGGUGGAAAAUUCUGGAACUUCCCGAGAUUCACCGGAGAUUGCGGGAGCCGUCGCCGGGAAGAUUUGCCGGAUCGGAUUUGCCAGAUCUCCGAUUCGUGUUCGCAGAUGGUUCUCCAGUUUCACAGCCAAAUCCAGGUAACAGUGAGGAUUAAGGUAGUAUUAAGUACACCAGAUGGGGUUGUGGCGGCUGAAGCAAGAUGCAACGGAGCCAAUUGGGUCGUACUGGACAAAAAGUUGAAGCAAGAGCGGAAGCAUUGCAUGGAUGAGCUUGGAUGCAACAUUGUCAUGAUGAAUGGAACUGAGCCUAAAGUCCUGAGACUCAAUCUAGCAUGCCAAGAUGAACUCCAAACCCCAUUCUUUUCUGCCGCUUCUUCACCAGGAUCUCAUGUUGGAAAAUUUCAAGGGCAUCAUAGAAUGAAGCAUUCCACUCCGGUUAGCAGUCCUGAAGAACCAAGCUCCUCCUACACAAGAACCACUGGAGACGGUUCAUCGUCAAGUUACGACACUGUGACUUCUCUUUUUCUCGUCUAUGAACAGAAUCCUCUUUUCGAAGGACCACGAAUAGGAGACCGCAUACCAAAUGAUUUAGAGGAUCCGUAUGAAGAACUUGAGACAAUUGGAGAGAGGCUUAUUAAUCUAUCUAAACCUCUAACGUCAUCUGCAGUCACUACUCAGAGUGUCUUUUGGAUCCCCCAAAAUCACAUUGUUGAUCAUGGAAAGCCUCCAACUCCCCAAAAUAGUAAAAACGAUGACAAACCAAGAUCUCCCACUUUCCAUACUCUUUUUGAGGAGUGUUCACCAUUUGAUCAAGAUACAAGGAUAGAUCAAUUUGAGCCGAAGGAAACCCCUAAGAAAGGGUACCUUAUUAAUUCUAGCAUCAGGGAUGCUGUUUCUUUGGGUAGAACCUCCUCAACACCUCCACCAUUAUGCUCUCUAUGUCAACACAAAACACCGGUAUUUGGGAAACCUCCAAAGCAGUUCUCGUACAAAGAGUUGGAGGAAGCUACAGACACGUUCUCAGAUAUCAACUUCUUGGCAGAAGGUGGUUUCGGUGUGGUGCACAGGGGAGUUUUGAGAGACGGUCAAGUUGUUGCUGUGAAGCAGUUGAAGUUUGGUGGAUCUCAAGCAGAUGCUGACUUCUGCAGGGAAGUACGAGUAUUGAGUUGCGCGCAACAGAGGAACGUUGUGUUGCUGAUAGGGUAUUGUAUUGAAGGCAAGGCAAGGGUAUUGGUUUAUGAGUACAUCUGCAACAGCUCGUUGGAUUUCCAUUUGCAUGGGAAAAGAACCCGUCUAGAUUGCGAAUCGAGGCUAAAGAUAGCAACAGGAGCAGCCCGUGGUCUACGAUAUCUGCACGAAGAUUGUAGAGUGGGAUGUAUAGUACACAGAGACCUCCGACCCAACAAUAUCCUUCUAACCCACGAUUUUGAACCUCUGGUUGCGGAUUUUGGGCUUGCUAGAUUUUACUCCGAAUGGGAGAUGAGCAGUGAGGACCGCGUGAUUGGAACUUCAGGGUAUCUGGCGCCGGAGUAUGUGGAUGGCGGGCAAAUUACACAUAAAAUUGAUGUGUAUGCAUUCGGAAUAGUUCUGCUAGAGCUUAUGACCGGUCGAAGAAUCACUGAGCUACAAUAUGCCAAGGGACAUCGUUAUUUAGAAGAAUGGCUCCACCCCCUAGCUACAUUAGAGCCACACCACAUCUUACCAACUCAUUAUCAGCUACUGGAUCUGGACUUGGCCUCCGAUGAAAAUCCUGACUUUCCCCAUCAACUACAGGCCCUGGCACGUGCUGCUUCUCUGUGUCUGCGUCGAGACCCUGAAUCCAGACCCCCAAUGUCAAAGGUGCUGAGAGUGCUAGAAGGCGGAGAUCCGGUUGUUCCUCUGGGCCUAGACUUGAACACUGCUGGUAGUAGGAGUGGUCAUCUGCCUGGACUGAGGCGACCCGAAGCAAGAGGAAGCCAUUCUCGUACAUUAUCACAUUGAAUACCGAUUCAUCUUUAUGGUUACGAUAUUUUUUUCUAUACAAGCGAUAUUGGGGGAGGAGAAUCAGACUUGGGGCCUCGGACUUAACCAACCGAACGAGUUUAUGUGUCCCUUGAUGGGUUAUGAUGAGAAUUCGUAUUGCACAUUGCAGUUUUCAUGACAUAUUUUUUACUUCCACCGUUGUUUUGAGUUACAGUAUAAGCCUGUAAUGAAGUUCUUUACAUGUAUAUCAGAAUAAUCAAUUUGUUUCCACAACUUUAAUUACAGUAUGAAAUAUAUA